AUGUGGGCGUUGAAAACAUCACAAAAUUUUUCAAAGUUAUCCUCGAGUGCUUUCCUUAGAAGUUUACAUUCAGAAACAACAGCAAAAGGUAUUGGAAUAAUUGGUGUUCCGUUCGAUAAAGGCGCAGGUAAAGUUGGGACUAAUGAAGGACCAAAUGCUUUACGAGAUGCUGGUUUAAUUGAUGAGAUUAGAGAUAUUUCCGUAAAUAUUGAUGUUAAGGAUUAUGGCGACGUUCACUAUGAGUUGACAAAGUCGAGUGGAAGGAGAAUAAACAACUUGAGGAACUUAGAGCAUGUCGCUGCCUGCAAUAAAGCAUUAGCAGAGAAAAUUGAAGAAAUCACGAAUGAUAAUCGAAUGCCAAUAGCCUUGGGCGGAGAUCAUAGCAUCGCAGUGGGAUCUAUUACAGGUCUCAGGAGGAAAAUGAAAUCAGACGAUUUGUGUGUUUUGUGGGUAGACGCACACAUUGAUCUUAACACGAGUUCGUCAUCUCUCACAGGAAACAUGCAUGGAAUGCCUGUGAGCUUAUUAGUUAAAGAACUGCGGAAGGAAUGGCCCACCAUUCCCAUCCUUGAAUGGUGUCAAGCUCAGAUGUCGUUGAAGAACUUUUGUUGGAUUGGAUUAAGGUCUACUGAUUACUAUGAAAAACUUAUGAUGGAAAAAUAUGGCAUAAAUUAUUUCGAUAUGCGAGAUAUUGAAAGAAUGGGAAUUGAGAAGGUUGUGCAACGAGCGCUUGAGAAGAUAAAUUUGGAUGGAAAGAAAAAGCUUCACGUAAGCUUUGACAUUGACGCUCUUGAUCCACUUUAUGCAAAUUCGACAGGAACGCCUGUUAUGGGUGGUUUGACUCUUAGAGAAGGAGUUUUUCUAAUGGAACAAGCGUACAAUACCGGAACACUUUCAUCUUUGGAUUUAGUUGAAGUGAAUCCGCUUUUAGGCAAUGAGAGAGAUGUUGAAAACACUGUUAAUGCGGCGAAGUUAAUAAUUCAAGCUGCUUGUGGAAGUAAUCGAACUGGAAACUUGUAA